AUGAUCCCUCCAAAUGAAUGGCCUUACGACUCUGUCGGUAUUUCACCAAUCGGUGGUCGGGAUAACCAAGAUCCCAAUCUAAUGUCUGUAGAUAUGCAGUCUUUCUUGGAGUUCUCAUCAAACCACGGAGAUUCGCCAAAUCCUGCUAAUAGUAUGAGUGGUCAACAUGGCAGCGACUUUAACGACUUUUUAUUCCAUGGCUAUCAAGAUCAGCAAACGGGUGUUGCUGGUGCUUCUCCAGCUGGCUCGGUUCCAAACGAUCGAGACUCGAACCAGAAUCAUCAACAAAUAGGGUCAGGCCAGCUCGAUCAGGGCCAUUUCUCUCCUCAUUACGCACAACAAUCACAACAACAACACAGUCAUUCUCUCCAGCAUCAUCAACAACAACAGCAGCAACAACAUCAUCAGCAUCAGCAACAACAGCAGCAGCAACAACAACAUCAGCAAAAUCAACAACAUCAACGACAGCAACAACAACAACAUCAUGAACAACAACAGCAUCAUCAGCAAAACCAUGAGCAGUUUCAAUCAUUCGAAACAGACCAAGCCCAGUCACAUGUUCCUGAACAGACAUCUUCCUCAGUAAAUCCUAAUGAUGUAUUCAGAUCUCCUGCCGUCCUAGCAUCGGUCGGCAACGGUCCUAAUAACGCUGUACUUCCAUCUGCUGAUGACAUCAAUUUCACUCCUCUUCUGUCUCCUUCAGUCGAGGCUCCAUUUAUAUCGCAGGGUCCACCCGAUUUCUCGAUGCCAGCUUCCUAUUUUAGCCCCAUGAAUUCUCCUGGCGUGGAUAUGGGCUCAUCACCUGCCAUAGAUCAACAAUUCCAAUCAUUACCCUCACAACACCAACAAAUCCAACCACGGCCUGCUGUCACUUCUAAUAACUCAGGUAGCUCGACUAGCACCAUUCGAACCCCUGCUAGUGGAUCCAGUACACCAACUGGAGCUACACCAGUGUCAUCAUCAUCUUCCAGAAGAUCCAGAACCACCCCUAUUCUUGGCCCUUCAAACGGAAGAACUGGUGCUGGUGGUGCUACGACUAUAACCAGCGGCAGAGUAGCCAAGAACUCUCCAGUUAUAAAACCUGUGAAGAGAAAGGGAUCUCAGGCAUCUGUUUCUACGGCCCCUGGCACUGCCAACAACUCAUCCAACAGUACUAGUCCUGCUGAUGAGGAUUCUCCUGAGACCAUUGCUGAAUUUAUGAUGCCACCACCUCCUAACCGAGCCCGCUCAUCUAUCACAUCAACAUCAUCUACCACAAGCAGUGCUUCUUCAUCGAGUAUUAUCGAGCCCUCAACUCCAGUAACCCCUGCCAGUCUUAUGAAUUUGGGACCCGGCGCAAGAAUGAACCAGCAAUUCCAAAACUCUGCUUCUACUGAGGACAGAUUACAAAAUGCCAUUCGCACAACUGUAAAUAUUUCCUCAAGAAAGCCGUCUGUGUCGUCUGUUAACAGCCGUAAUGGUGGUAGUGCUACCAAUUCACCACUUGGAACACCCACCACUGCAAUCAUGCCUAAACCACCCGGAAGUGCCAACAUUACUCCCAACGGAGGAGCAGGGACUAUUUCAACCGGUACUGCUAACAGCGGUAGACAAUGGGGAUCCAGAUCGAGCAGCGUUUCAGCGUCUCCAGUGCUUAAACCAAAGGUAUACUCUCCCGGCAUCUCUCCCCAGAUACACCCCAAUAUCUCAACCGACCUGUCUGCCCUGCUAGCAUCCAAGUCCAACUACCAAAACAUCAUCGAGGGCACCCACAACCAGCUCGGUCUGUCAUACCCCGAUCACCUGAGUGCCGGUCUUGCCUCUAAGAAAGCUAGCCACAAAUUGGCCGAACAGGGUCGACGGAACCGUAUCAACAAUGCCCUAUCCGAGCUAGCAGGGCUAAUAUCGCCAGACGCUCCACCCAACUCUAAAGCCGAUACUGUGGAAUCGGCCAUCGUCUACAUCAAAAAGGUCCAGAAGGAGGUGGCGGACCUCAAAGAAGAACUCGCACACUACAAAGCACUCAAGAAAGAGCCUGCCGAAAGCUGA